GCUAAAUCAAAAUUUAUUGGAUGUAAUUUGCUACUAUGUAUUUUUUACAGUUCUCAGCUACACGUCGUCUCUGCAACAUUCAAUCGCCAUGGCUGCAAGCGUUUGGGGAAGCAGAAUCAGCUCCUUUCAUAAUCCCAAGCCUCUCAAUUCCUCCUCCGCAUCAACCAAUUUCAAAACCCAUUUAACCAUUUCCUCCCUUCCAUGCCAUCACUUCUUCAGACCCAAUAACAAUUCUAAACCCCUCAAAUCCACAAGGAUGGGGAUUUCUUACCAAAAAUGGGAGCCAAAAAAGAAGCCGUUUCGGAUGCCAAUAGUGUCUUGUUUAGUAGAAGAUACUCCUGAAAAUUUCCCGGAAUCAGGCUCAAAUGAUUCUUCCGCGGAAGUGGUUUUUGACUUGAAGCUCCCGAGGAGAAGUUUGUUAGCAACUUUCACAUGCAAUGCAUGUGGUGUGCGAUCUCAAAGGUUCAUAAACAGAUUAGCUUAUGAAAGAGGACUUGUCUAUGUGCAGUGUUCAGGGUGCUCUAAGUAUCACAAAUUGGUAGACAAUCUUGGACUUGUAGUUGAGUACAACUUGGGAGAUGAAUAUGGUGAGGAUUCAUAGGCAAAUCAAGCUUGAAGGGAUUUACUGAAUUGAUUACAGAUCAAAAGCCAUUGUAUGUACAGAUCAAAUAUAUCUACAAGGAGUUUGUUUAUUAUAUCUAUCUGUUGUGAUAAAAAUCUUCCACUUAAGAAACAAUGAUUUAUCCCCUUAUUAUUGUUUUGUUUAAGCAUGCAUGUAAAUGUCCAACCUUAUCAAAAAUUUUGUAUUGAUAAGGCUAGAUAUAGCCUGUACACAGUGAAACAGUUGACAAUUAGACAUACCAAAGAGCUCACCAAAUUCAGUGUUUGAUGUA